CCUCUUCUAGUUUGUUUAGUCACAGAAUUCGAUUCCUGUUGGCUGAUUCCGCGCCUGCAAACAGGCUUAGCGCUCCAUUGAAAUGCGGGAGGCUCCUUAAUUCUUGUAUAAACAGAAACCAGCUGUAACACUAGGUCGGAGCGCAUUAGGAAUGAGCCACUUUGAACGAGCGGCGCCCAGGCCCCAGGCCCUGCUGUGAAGGCCCCGGCAAAGGUCAGAGCUCCGGCCGGGUGACGUGCCUGCCUGUGCUCUCCCAGCCAUGCUCAGCCUCAGCUCAGGUGACAAACAAGUUAGAAGGACAGCUUGCUCCUUGCCACCCAGCCUCGCUCAGCAGCUCCCAGCUCACUGAAGUCUGAGUUUGCCUCAAAGGACAAUUCAAAAACUGAACGGAGACAUUCCAAGCAAGCUGCCUGAAUCUUCGAGAAUUCUCUUGUUCUACCUUCCAUAUAAAGAACCAAGACCAAUCGAAUUGGUGCCCUUUGGUUUCCACCAGCUGUGGAUGCCUUUGACAUUAUGACUGCAGAAGAUUCCACCACAGCCAUGAACAGCGAUCCAACAGUAGGGUCCUCCACCAAGGUACCGGAGGGUGUGGCGGGCGCGCCCAAUGAGGCUGCCCUGUUGGCACUGAUAGAGCGCACCGGCUACAGCAUGGUACAGGAGAAUGGGCAGCGCAAGUAUGGCGGACCCCCGCCCGGCUGGGAGGGCCCGCAUCCCCAGCGUGGCUGUGAGGUCUUCGUGGGCAAGAUCCCGCGUGAUGUGUAUGAAGAUGAGCUGGUGCCUGUGUUUGAGACCGUAGGUCGCAUCUAUGAGCUGCGCCUCAUGAUGGACUUCGAUGGCAAGAACCGCGGCUAUGCCUUCGUGAUGUACUGCCACAAGCACGAAGCAAAGCGAGCUGUUCGUGAGCUCAACAACUAUGAGAUCCGCCCCGGGCGUCUGCUGGGUGUGUGCUGCAGUGUGGACAACUGCCGCCUCUUCAUCGGUGGCAUCCCCAAGAUGAAGAAGCGCGGGGAGAUCCUGGAGGAGAUCGCCAAGGUCACCGAGGGCGUGCUCAACGUGAUUGUGUAUGCCAGUGCGGCAGACAAGAUGAAAAACCGAGGCUUCGCCUUUGUGGAGUACGAGAGCCAUCGUGCUGCGGCGAUGGCACGUCGCAAGCUCAUGCCGGGUCGAAUCCAACUAUGGGGCCACCAGAUAGCCGUGGACUGGGCCGAGCCUGAAAUCGAUGUGGAUGAAGACGUGAUGCAGACGGUGAAGAUCCUCUACGUGCGCAACCUCAUGAUCGAGACCACCGAGGAGACCAUCAAGAGGAGCUUUGGCCAGUUCAACCCAGGCUGCGUGGAAAGGGUCAAGAAGAUUCGCGACUACGCCUUCGUACACUUCACUAGCCGGGAGGACGCUGUGCACGCUAUGAACAACCUCAACGGCACAGAGCUGGAGGGCUCCUGCUUAGAAGUCACGCUGGCCAAGCCUGUGGACAAGGAGCAAUACUCCCGCUACCAGAAGGCAGCCAAGGGUGGUGGCGGCUCAGCUGAGGCAGUCGCGCAGCAGCCCAGCUACGUGUACUCCUGUGACCCCUACACGUUGGCCUACUAUGGCUACCCCUACAAUGCUCUCAUCGGGCCCAACCGGGACUACUUCGUGAAAACAGGCAGCAUAAGAGGCCGAGGGAGAGGCGCAGGUGGAAACAGGACCCCGGGGCCCAGGGGUUCCUACCUCGGAGGAUAUUCUGCCGGCCGUGGUAUAUAUAGCCGAUAUCAUGAAGGCAAAGGUAAACUACAAGAGAAAGGAUACGAGCUUGUGCCGAAUCUGGAAAUCUCCACUGUCAAUCCAGUCGCCAUUAAACCUGGCACAGUGGCCAUCCCUGCCAUCGGUGCCCAGUACUCCAUGUUCCAGGCAGCCCCGCCCCCUAAAAUAAUUGAAGAUGGCAAAAUACACACAAUGGAGCACAUGAUCAGCCCCAUUGCGGUGCAGCCUGACCCCGCCACUGCUGCCGCCGCCGCCGCUGCUGCCGCUGCUGCUGUCAUUCCUGCAGUGUCCACACCGCCACCUUUCCAGGGCCGUCCAAUAACUCCCGUGUACACCGUGGCACCAAAUGUUCAGAGAAUCCCCACCGCCGGCAUCUACGGGGCCAGCUAUGUCCCCUUUGCUGCUCCGGCCACUGCCACAAUCGCCACACUACAGAAGAACGCUGCGGCCGCCGUGUACGGGGGCUACGCCGGCUACAUACCUCAGGCCUUCCCCGCUGCUCUCCAGGUGCCCGUCCACGACGUCUACCAGACUUACUGAGACCCAGGGAGCAGAGCCAAGCAAGCCACCAAACCGCUGAAGGAACACUUUAUUAUUUAUGAAGAAAGAACGUGUCGGGUUGGCACCCGUGCGAAACCUGCAAGUGAAGAAGAAUGUUAUCAAAUAGCACACUGAAAUAUUUUAUAUCUAUGAAGUUUUCACUCGGGUUUUUUUGAAAAUGACUUUUCAACUUAGCAGGCCCGCGUUCAUACAUUUCUAAGAGACUUGCGACGCCUCACGCCUUAAUGCCAUCUUUUAAAAUUUGUACGCUCUACUGCAUUUGUACAGAGGUUUGGUUUUGUUUUUUAAGGAUAUAUUUUCAGUAUGAAGGUUAUUUUCUUAACUUCUGCACUCCAGAGUUUUCUAUUUUGUAGAACCUUUCAAAGUAUAUCAGCUAUAUAUAUGUAUAUCAAAAAAAAAAGCACGCCUGCGCAUCUAGGGAACUAUUUUAAAAACUAUAUUCAAUAUUUAAAGACACAAACUGUAGUGCUCUGAAAUACUACAUAAAACAUUAUUUUAUUGUUUAAGGUGAUGCUGGAAAGUGCAAUUGUAAAAUGAGAAAAAAAAAAGUCUCUACUGUAUUUCCACUGGCAUUAAGGGUUGACGGUAUUGCCGUUUAUUCUUGUCAUGUUUUCUGGGUUGAUGGGGGUUUGGUUUGGUUUUAUCGAUAGUAGUCUGUUCUUAAGCCAACAUGGAAAAGACUCCUCACACCCAGAGUCCCAGCACUGGAAAGCUGUGACCCGCCCUCUGUACCUUGGGCUCACUCUCCUAGGACUCUUUAACUCUGCCCUGCCCCCACCCCUUUCCCUUUUGCCUUCUUUCCUAGCUCCAGUGCGACUUUGGAGUUUGGCAUACCUAAGAAAAAUGGAUAACUCAGAUAGAGAAGACAACCAAUGCCUUUUAUACUUCUCCCUGGGAUUGUAUUGGGGUCUUUUAUAUUUAAUUUUGGUUUGUUUAGGGAGGUGUUAUCUUCUGUAUGUGUUUUCAGGAGCAGAAUACACAUAUUACCAUGUUUGCCUAAGGCAUCUUUGCAUAGCUAUUUACUUAUUCCGUGUGAAGCCUUACCUUUCUAAUUCUUUAAUUUUUUUUUUUUUUUUUUUUGAAGUCUGAGUUUUUAGAGACCAAGAAUGUAUGUGGCGGGCAAGACUUGUUGUCAAGGGGAAGCUAAGCUUCCCGCUGCCUUCCUGUGUUUCCUAUGGAGUGCCUGUUGUCAUCAGGGAUGUUGGGGGCACUGUGUGGGUUCAGCAGGCUUCCCUCAGUUGCUGUGCAGUUGGUAGGUGAACACGGGACGUACUCGCCCAGGAGGAGACCCCGUAGGAGUUAAGGGUAGUUUGUAAAUAACUUCUGAUGCUUGCUCAUAGACCUUCUGUGUUGCCAACGUUCAUGGCCUGUAGUGUAAUGCGAAAUGCAACCAUUUUAUUUCAAUGUUAUUAAGUGUUUGCUUUUUUUUUUUUUUUUUUUUUUUUUGGAAGUAAAUGCACAGAUGCAGGGUUUUGUGCCUGUUUUAAGGCUUUUCUUUGGCAGAGUGAAUGUAAAAUACAGUAAAAUGAUAAUAUCGUCAUCUCUUUUAUGAAUUACAUCAACUUGCACCUUUUUAAAAAGGCUCAGUCCAGGAUGCGAGGUGUGCAAUAAGAUAACAGAUACGCAGUUAUAUUUUAUGGCAUAAAAUAUGGACAUAUAUUUUAUGUCCAUCAAAUCUUUCUUCCCAUCAAAGUUUUGCUGUAGGCUUAACUCUUAGUUAUGGAUUAAUAGUAGGAUCAUGGCCCUUAGCAAAUGCUUUCUGUUUUUAAAUUAAGAGAUUCCCACAUGUCUUUUGUUUUUUUGUUCCCCCUUAUCUUGAUGGGCUGGAUUUUUAUAUAUAAGAAAUAUUUAUUUAACUAUUCUAUAAAAUUAUUGAGCGCCUGCUGAGGCCUUUAAGCACCCCUCCAUCCUGUUGAGUGGCAUAAAGCAUCUGUGUAGUGUUCUGAGGAUUCGCUCAGGAAGCCGCAGCCACACAGGCCUGUUGGGAUGAGAGACCUCCUUAAAGGUAUCAGGUCCCCAUCCCUUGACUUGUAAGGAAAAAGUGCUUUCUUUCCUGCCACGGACUGACGCAGGAUGUCUUCAGAUGAACACUGGCGCCCAUGUUCUUACUGUAUUUUACGAGUGCCUGGAAAAAUAUUUUCAAAAAUAAUAUUAAUAACAAUAAAAGGAAAAAAAUAUGCACUAACUUAACAUGGCCACUACCUUAAGGACAGACGUUGGUGGCAGCAGUGGCCCUGCAGCCUGUGGUCGUUAGCUGUCCUUCUUGUCUCUCUACCAUUUCACGUACACUACUGAGGUAAGUUUAUAACUUGAAAUGUGAACUUUUUUUUUUUAGGAUUAAGAACAAACUAAUAUAAAUGUUUUUAAAAGUUUUAGAGUUUGGGUUUUAGACAUGCUACUAGUUUAGUGUUUAGCUUCACAUUUGAAAAGCUUUUUAGAUCUCGCUGCAUUUACAUACAGUACAUUCUCAAGAUGUAUGUGGUAAAUAAAGCUUUCUUUAAAGCAGU